GUACGCUCUUUUUACAUGAAUUUCGGGAGCUCGAUCGUUGUACGCACCGUCGUUGCGUCAAUUGGGAAUACUUUCCGUACAUCAGGCGGUGUUGCGUGCAUACGUGUGUGCGUGCGUGCAUGUGUCGGUCUGUCCAUCUUGUUUCCUAUUUCCCUUUAGAGUCAGACGCCGCCCCUGUCACAAUCUAAUUUUUCAUCCUCUCAACUAUCUCUUGCUUCGUGAGAAAGGUGCACAAAAGGAUCAGGAUCUUAUUGCGUGUCAUCAGGAGUGGGUAGUGAUUCCGAAGUCAUGGCAGAAUUAGCGGCACUCCUGCGACAUGAGAUUCCUGAGGGUAGGAACAAUCUGGCCGACAGCCACACGAAUCUGGAGAGAGUGGCAGAAUAUUGCGAAGCCAAUUAUUUCCAAGCAGAAAACAAGAGGAUUGCACUGGAGGAAACGAAGAAUUAUACCACACAGUCCUUAGCCAGUGUUGCGUAUCAAAUAAACACAUUGGCGUACAAUUUUCUUCAACUGCUAGACCUACAGACGUCCCAGCUCGCCGAGAUGGAAAGCCAAAUGAAUCACAUCGCACAGACAGUCAUGAUUCACAAGGAAAAGGUAGCCAGAAGGGAAAUAGGCGUCUUGACGGCCAAUAAGAUGACAACUCGCCAGUACAAAAUCAUCGCUCCUGCCAAUCCUGAGAAACCGAUUAAGUAUGUCAGGAAGAGCAUUGAUUAUACGAUCCUAGAUGAAAUUGGGCAUGGUGUACGUAGCUGCGGUACGCCGCGAAGCAAACAGAGAGGAGGUAGUCAAGGCAGCGUUCAGAGUUUAGGAGCUACUUCCACAGGUUCAGGAUUAGGUGCUGCGAUAGUAGGACCCGCUCCUACCACCAAACCACCCACACCACCUCAAACAGUGAGAACUGGAACAUUGAGUAAAGGAUCGCGCGAAUAUAGGACUCCGCCAGCGGUAGCCCCACCUCAAGUUCCUAGCCACUAUGCGCCCAACUAUCCGCUCGGCCAUCCUAGGCGAGAUCGCCCGGGAUAUAGCACUCUACCAUUGCAUGCUCAUAACACGUCCCACACAAGUCAUAAUACCAACCAUAACGCGCAUGCUAAUACCAUCAAUCAGCACACUAUGCCGCAAGUGGGAACGGUUCAUCCUUUGCAGAAUCAUCCUCAAACGCCACCUCCAGCACCGCCCAGCGUUACCGCUGGUUAUGUACAGGAGCAACAUAACAGUAUGCCUCCUCCACCUUCACCUUUGGUUGGGCUAGGCGAUAUGUCUGAAUACACCGGCCACCACACCUUGCCGCACAGAUUAUCGCAUCAGAUUAGCCGUGGUAGCGGUGCGAAUAGUCCACCCUUACCACCGCCUCCACCACCAGAACAGGAGGAACAUCCGCAAUUUGGCAGACCAACCCCAUCUGGUGCUAUAAUGCCGAUCGUGCCAGAUGAGGAAGAUCUGCCCGGAUGGGUGCCAAAGAAUUAUAUUGAGAAAGUGGUGGCUAUUUAUGAUUAUUACGCGGAUAAAGAAGACGAGCUGAGCUUUCAAGAGAGUUCUGUGAUCUAUGUGCUCAAGAAAAAUGAUGACGGAUGGUGGGAGGGAGUAAUGGACGGUAUAACUGGAUUGUUCCCAGGAAAUUACGUUGAACCAUGCGUAUAACUAUAUGCAAUAAUUGGCUAUAUCAAAAUAAUUAACGGAAGACUGCAAUUUUUAAGCAUUUAUCAUACAUGUAUGUAUUAUUAAUCGCAUUUAUAUUAAUCACUAAU